CAAUUUCAGCUCCCUCUCGACUUUGACAACAACACCACCUUGACUGAUAUCAGUGAACCAGCCUCAGUGGACGUGCUGUUGAUAAACCUCAUCAAAGGGAACCUGCUUCCUUCAGCUCUAGUGUGGAUAACGUCCCGACCUUCAGCUGAUAAUUGGCUGAAUGAUGAGAAAUUAGUUUACAGGAGGACAGAAAUACGAGAGAAAGAUGUCGAAGAAAAACUGAAAAAAAAUCUGAAGUCUGCAAUUUGCAAAAAGUAUAAGGAAAAGAGUGAUGAAGAGACUGACACAGAACUCCGACUACAAAAGAAGGAAAAAGAAGAAUCAGUGCAAACCAACUACAAUGAUCUGUUUAAUGUGCGAACAGUGCUAACAACGGGAAUGGCUGGUGUUGGUAAAACAUUUCAAUCAAGGAUGUUCAUGUUUAACUGGGCAAAAGAGAAGACCAACAAAAACACAGACUUGAUAGUGUCAUUGCAUUUCAGUGAGCUGAAUAAAAAGAGAGACCAAGUUCAGAGUAUGGAAGAUCUGCUCAAGGAUUACUUCAGCAAGGUCAAACAAGGAGUGCUCUCCUAUGACAUGUUUAAAUUACUCUUUGUUCUUGAUGGCCUGGAAGAAUGUGAACUUCCUCUGGAUUUUGAAAAAAACAAGGACCUGAGUGAAAUGAGGAAACCGGCCUCAAUGGAUGAGCUGCUGACAAACCUAAUCAAAGGGACUCUUCUUCCUUCUGCUCAUCUCUGGAUCAUCUCUCGACCCUCAGGAGUUGAUAAGAUUCCAUCUGAUUAUAUCCAGAAAGUUACAAAAUGUCAAGAGACCUCAAAGAGAUGGACAAAGCUGGUGACACAUGUGCGCACAAGACUUAGAAAAAUGCCUCUGAUUGAAGACACCGAUCACCCUAACCAGAAAAACACAGAACACAUCAUAAGAGAAGACAGCACUGCAGAGGGCACUGAUGAACAGAAAAAGAAACAGACUGUGGAGAAAUUGAAGACAACAUCUGAAAUCUUUAAAGAGAAGAAAGGGGAAAAAAUCAGAACUGUGCUGACUGUUGGAGAGGCUGAUAUUGGAAAAUCCUUCCAUCUCCCUCUCGACUUUGACAACAACACCACCUUGACUGAUAUCAGUGAACCAGCCUCAGUGGACGUGCUGUUGAUAAACCUCAUCAAAGGGAACCUGCUUCCUUCAGCUCUAGUGUGGAUAACGUCCCGACCUUCAGCUGAUAAUUGGCUGAAUGAUGAGAAAUUAGUUUACAGGAGGACAGAAAUACGAGAGAAGCCGGAAAUUACAAGCCAACGCAAACUCAAGUCUCAACUGAAGGAGCAGUUUACUCGUGUGUCUGAGGGCAUCGACAGGCAAAAAACCUCUGCUGUCCUGAAUGAGAUCUACACAGAGCUCUACAUCAUAGAGGGGCAGAGUGGAGAAGUCAAUGAGCAGCAAGAGAUCAGACAGGUUCAAAAUGCAAAGUUCAAACCAGUUAAACAAGAAACAGCAAUUAAAUAUAAUGAGAUUUUCACAUCUGUUGAAAAUAAACAUAUUAAAACUGUGAUGACAAUUGGAGUGGCAGGCAUAGGAAAAACUAUCGCAUCAAUGAAGUACAUGCUGGACUGGGCUGAGGGUAACGCGGUUCAAGACAUUUAUUUCAUGUUUCCAUUUCCUUUCCGAGAGCUUAAUUUAAGAAGAGAGGACGAACUCAGUUUUGAGGAUCUUAUUCAUCAGUUUGUACCAGCUAUGAAGACCUCAGAAAUAUCUGACUAUGACAAGUACAACAUUCUGGUUGUUCUGGAUGGCUUUGAUGAAUGUCGCCUUGAUCUUGACUUCAGUGAAAGUAAUAAAUGCAUCGAUGUCAGAGAGCCAACAUCAGUGAAUCUUCUGCUGACCAACCUCAUCCAAGGAAAUCUGCUUCCUAAAGCUCAGAUCUGGAUCACCUCCCGACCUGCAGCGUCCAACCGUAUUCCUGCUGAUAAAGUUGACCGGGUCACAGAAGUGCGAGGAUUCAAUGAAGAGCAAAAAGAAGAGUACUUCAGGAAGAGGUUUAAUGAGGAUUUGGCUGAAAAAAUCCUCACCCAUGUGAAGAAAUCAAGGAGCCUUUAUAUCAUGUGUCACAUACCAGUUUUCUGUUGGAUCACUGCAAAGGUCCUGGAGGAAUAUGUGACCACAAACCAAGACGAUGAAAUGCCCAAGACUCUGACUGACAUGUACACAUACUUUCUUUUGAUUGAGUGCAGACAGGCUAACAGAAAGUAUAAUGAAGAUAAGACAAGUGAAAGCUGUGAGAUAGAUAAAUGCUGGAAUGAAAGAAACAAGGAAACCAUUAUAUCUUUGGGCAAACUAGCUUUUGAGGAGCUUGUUAAAGGAAACUUCCUCUUUACUGAAGAAAACCUGACAGAGUGCGGUACUGACAUCACAAAAGCUGCUGUUUUUUCUGGGAUAUUGACUCAGAUCGAGAGAGAAGGUCCUUCACUGUACCCACAGAAACUGUUUUGCUUUGUCCAUUUGAGCAUUCAGGAGUUCCUGGCAGCUUUCUAUGUGUUUUACGUCUUCAAUAACAAAAGUGAAAAUCUGCUUACCACACCUCCUUCAGUGGUUUCACACUUGCCUGCAUCUGACUUCUACAAGAAGGCAGUGGACAAGGCUUUAGAUAGUAAACAUGGAGACUGGGAUCUGUUUCUCCGCUUCCUGCUCGGCCUCUCACUGGAGACCAAUCAGAAACAUCUGAAAGAGCUGCUGAUAGACAACAACAAAAAUAACAAGGAGACCAACAAGGAGACCAACAAGGAGACAGCAGAGUACAUCAAAAAGAAGAUCAACAAAGACAUCAGUGAUGCAGAUAAAAACCUCAAUCUGUUUUACUGUUUGAAUGAGCUUAAUGAUCACUCUCUUGUUAAAGACAUCAAAGAGCAACUGCGAUCAGGAAAACAGAAUUUUGAAGAUUACUCUGCUGGUCAGUGGUCUGCUCUGACGUUUGUGUUGUUGACGUCAGAUGAGAAACUUGAUGUGUUUGAUCUGAAAAAGUAUCGGAAAUCAGAGAAAGUUCUUCUGGGAAUGUUGCCAGUGGUCAAAGUCUCCAAACGUACUUUGUUGAGCUGGUGCGAGCUCACCGAACAAUCCUGCAGUGGUCUCACAGAUUUAGUCCUAAGCUCUGCAUUCUCAAACCUGUCAGAGUUGGACAUGAGCCAUAAUGACCUGCUGGAUUUAGGUGUGGAACAUCUUGCCGAAGGCCUGAAGAGUCCACACUGCAAACUGAAGAUUCUCAAGUUGUCUGGUUGUCAGGUAACAGAAAAAGGUUGCUCUUUCCUUGCCUCAUCUCUUGAGUCCAAUACAGCAUCCCGCCUGGAACAUUUGGAUCUGAGGUACAAUCAUCCAGGAGACAAUGGGACAAAGAGACUAAUGGAUAAAGUUAGAGAGGAAUCUGACCCAAACAGGAAGCUGAAGACAGUGCUUUUGGACCACGGCGGAGCACAUCGGUUAAAACCAGGGUUUAAGAAAUAUGGUGUAGAACUGAAGUUUGAUGAAAAUACAGCAGGCAAAAGACUCCUCCUAGAAGGAGACAGAAAAGUAAGAACUGUAAAGAAGGUAGAGGAGAAACCUGCACGAACUGAAAAUGUGGACAGGUUCAAGAGGUCUCAGGUGUUUUGUGUUGAGGGGCUGGAAGAUCUCUGUUACUGGGAAGUGGAAUGGAGUGAGACAGUCUGCAUUGCUGCAGCAUACAAAAGAGUGGGUAGAAAAUGGGAUAGCAGUGGUGGCCUAGGAUGCAAUGAGAUGUCCUGGGGUCUGUACUGCUCUAGUACUGAAUGCACUGCCAUGCAUGGGAAAUUUCGAAAGCGUUUGAGAUUACCUUCUAGUCAAAAAAUAGCAGUGUUCUUGGAUUGGAGAGGAGGAACUCUGAGUUAUUACAGUGUUUCAUCAGAAAAGCUGAGCCUCAUACACACCUUUCAUGCAAAAUUCACUGAGCCGCUCUUCCCAGGCUUCUGGUUUAAAAUGGGCUCUGUGACCUUAUGUGACAUAAACUAAAUCACUGUAAAACAGCACUGUAGUGACCACUUACAAUUCUCUUCUUUUAUUAACAUUUCAGUCCCGUAAUAUGAAACUUUUUUUUAAAUAUAAGUUGUUAGUUUAUUUAUAUUUGAAUCCAUAUUAAUACUGAAAAAAUGAACUAGUGUCAUAAAGAAGCUGUCUGUGUUCCAACUAUUUUAGAGGAAAACCACUCUACUACUGCCAUUAAAUUAUUGCAUUUCUUUAAAGGCUGCAUGUUGUGUGAAUGUACCUUUGUACUAAACACACUUUAAACACACUUUAAAUUACACCAAUAAAAUUUUAAUUAGUGAGAUUAUUAUGUUAAGAUAAAACACAUUUGUUGGUGAUUCCAGUCAUCUCUGUUUAUUCAUUCAUUUAAUUUGUUUUUACUUUUAUAUGUGUAAAAUAUUCUGAUGAAAGAUAUACUGAUAGCAAUGAUGAAUAUUAUUAACAAUUUCAAGUAUGGUUUUAUUUGCUUCAUUUCACAUUACUGAUAAUGUUUUUUGUUUGUUUGUUUUGUCUUUUUUUACUACCUUGUCCUAGUUUUAUUACUUCUUUUAAUUUUCUACAAUAAAAAGAUUUUU